AUGUCUUCACCAAACUUCCUCGAGUCCUCGCCAGUCUCUCUCAGCUCACAGCGUCGCCGCAAGUCUGCAUUCACGUACCGGCACUUGGCUCAACUCGCAUCCUCUGCUACCUCAUGUCCGUUGCGUGUCAUCGCUCACAUCGACCUCGAUGCCUUCUAUGCUCAAUGCGAAAUGGUCCGCUUGGGUAUACCAUCGGACAAACCUCUCGCCGUUCAACAGUGGCAGGGUCUUAUCGCAAUCAAUUACCCAGCGCGCGCCUUCGGUCUAAAUCGGCACGUAACCAUCACUGAGGCAGUCAAGCAGUGCCCCGACCUGAUCAUGCAACACGUCGCUACUUGGAAAGAAGGAGAUGAGAAAUGGGCAUAUCAUGAGGAUUCUUUCAAGAACAUGGCUACACACAAGGUCAGCUUGGAUCCAUACAGACUAGAGAGCAGGAGAAUCUUGGCUUUGAUCAAAGAUCACUUGCCAGCCGCCCCUGUUUCUAAGGUAGAGAAGGCCAGUAUCGAUGAGGUCUUCCUGGACUUGUCAACCCAUGUACAUGGUAUCAUGCUUGAGAGGUUCCCAGAACUCAAACGUCCUGCACCGUACGAUGAUCCUACAGAACAGCUGCCUCGUCCUCCAACCACUGCUUUAGAAUGGCACACCGACGCGUUGGUUGAUCUGAAUUCUUCCGAGACCGAGGACGACGAUCCGGACUGGGACGAUGUCGCCAUGGUCAUCGCAUCGGAGAUAGUACGAGGCGUACGAGCCAAGAUCUUCGAAGUUCUUAAAUACACAUGUUCGGCUGGCGUCGCACGAAAUAAGAUGCUUGCAAAACUUGGUUCCGCUCACAAGAAGCCGAACCAACAAACCAUCAUCCGUAAUCGAGCUGUACAUCACUUCUUGAGUGACUUCAAGUUCACCAAAAUAAGAAACCUCGGUGGUAAACUUGGUGAUGAGAUCGUCGCAGCGUUCAGUACAGACACAGUCAAGGACCUACUUGAAGUAUCCAUCGAACAGCUCAAGAAAAAGAUAGGUGAUGAUACUGGUACAUGGCUCUACAACAUCAUUCGCGGCGAGGACCAUAGCGAAGUCAAUCCUCGGACGCAAAUCAAGUCGAUGCUCAGUGCGAAAUCAUUUCGACCUUCUAUCAACACUCUAGACACAGCUGUGAGGUGGAUUCGCAUUUUCGUCGCCGAUAUCUUCUCUCGACUAGUAGAAGAGGGUGUUCUGGAGAACAAAAGACGACCGAAGACUCUCAAUCUCUAUCACAGACAAGGCGCACAGACCAGGAGUAAGUCGGCAUCCAUUCCCAUGGGAAGGACAAUGGAUGAGACUUUGCUGUUUGACAUUGCCAAAGGACUACUUGCUCAGGUCAUUGCAGAGGGCCGAGCAUGGCCGUGUGCGAACCUGUCAUUAAGUGUCAGUGGCUUUGAAGAAGGUGUGACUGGCAACAAAGGUAUUGGUGGAUUUCUGCUGAGAGGAGACGAGGCAAAAGCAAUAUCAGCUGCCCUAAAGGAAUCGUCAGAACCACGCAACCCGGAGACUCCCUCUCCAAGCAAGCGCAGGCGUGUUGAGGAGAGUGGUAUACAACGAUUUUUCGGAGCUAGGCAAGAAAGUUCCGGCGGUCAUUCUGAACGAGAAGAGCAAGACUUUCGCAUGGAAGAUGAUGUGAGAGAGGCUCAUAAGUAA